CACCCUUCUUUUUCUGAUUGGCUCGAGAAACUGGAUUCACGGUUGUUGUGUUCAUGACGAGAAAAUAACGGAAAUCACUUUUCAAAACAGCGUUAUUUCGUCAGGCUAUACAGAAAGUAGCGGUCGGAUUUGUUUGAAGCACUUUAUAGUUUGUCAGGAUGUGUAAAGUAAUCUCGAGUACAAUUUUAGUACUGUUCAACAUCCCACUUGUGAUUAUUGGUUUAGGACUUGUGGUUUUUGGUGCUUUAAUACGAUGGAAUGAAAAACUUUUGGUUGAACGAAUUACUCCUACGAUUAUCGAAGAAAUAGAUGAUGAGAAUGCACGUGAAGCUGCUCAAAAAUUAGUAGAAGAAAGAAUAACUUUAUUUGCUUCUUAUGGUUUGGCAAUUUUCUUGUUCGGUCUCUUCAUUUGCGUAUUGUCACUCUGUGGAAUAUGUGGAGUAUGCUGCAAAAGUAAAAUCUUACUCGGAUUAUAUGCAGCAUUUCUUCUAGUCAUAUUUUUGGCGCUGCUUGUAUUCACUAUUGUAUUUGGAACACGUAAACACUGGUUCCGUGAUGAGCUGGGUAUAAGUUAUAGAAGAUCAAUUACUAGUGAUUAUCAUAUGGACAAUAAUUUUCCACCAAACACCGGUUUUACUGUAUUUGUUAAUGAAAUUCAACGAAAGCAUAAAUGCUGUGGUUCUUUUGACUAUCGUGACUUCCAAGAUAAUGAAUCAUUCAAACGCCAAAAUUAUAAGAUUCCAGCCUCUUGUUGUAAAGAUAUAAGAGACAAGGAAUGCUGGGAACGUCCAACAACACAGAAUAGUUAUAAAGACACUGGUUGUUUCGAGUUUCUAUGGUCAGCGGCACAACCAAGCUAUCGAAUUAUUCUUUACAUCUUGAUUGGUCUGCUAUUACUUACGUUUACAUUCGCGGUUAUCUCUAUCUACCUGCUUACACGAUAUUCAAGGGAGAAAAUGCAAUUGUUGUAGAGAAAACAAACUAUUUCACCAAUUUAUUUGCUUUAUAUCUGUCUCACCUAAUAUCCCAGUUGAAUUUAUCUUUAGCACAUACACCCUAUUUAUUUAACGUAUUAUAUACAAAUACCUAGGAUCAUCAUAUAAAUUAUAAAAUUCGAAACUGUCAAUUUAUUAAUAUUUGAUUAUGGUUACACUUUUUUUUGUCAUCAGUAAACUUUGUACUGAUCGGUUAAACACACAUCGAGAGUUCAAUUAGCGCCAAGUAAAAGUUACGAUUUAGGAAAAACAAAAACAAAACAACUGUAAAAAGUGAACAGUUUAGAAAAAGUAUCCUGUAAAAUUCAAUUUCACUCGUCUUUUCUUUUUAUUUAAGACGCUUAAUCCAUCUUCAAAGUGUUGCAAAAUAAACAUUUUAAAAGCGAAUAACAUUUAAUUUUAAAAAAAAGUCACUAGAAAAAAUCUCUUAUCUAACUUCACUUUAUUGUUAUGCGGACAUUUGAUUAUUAGUCACCUGACAUGUAUUAUUAUUCUACUUGCUUUCUCAUUAUAUACAUAUCAAUAUAAACAUUAAUUCUAUAUUAUUCAAAUUAUAUUAGCGCCUAACCAAUAAAUAUUGCACAUGGCUUUAAUAAUAUACAAGUACUGUCGUACAUACUUUUCCAUAUGCUCUAUGUACAUGUAGUAUAUUAUUAUAUAUAUAUGCUUAUCAUUCUGCUAAUAUAUUCACCCAUUAAAUAUACUUCAUGUUUAUACCCCAUCCAUGUUCUUAUUGAUUAUUAACCAUAUUUUUUUUAGAAUUUUUAUUGUUAAUAUUUAUAUGCAAAUUAGUUAGAAAUGAAAGUGAACAACAUUUCAUAUUAAAGUUAAUUAAUAGUCAUUUAAAGUUU